UCUCGUUUCUCUCUCUCUCUCUCUCUCUCUCUCUCUCGUUUCUCUCUCUCUCUCUCUCUCUCUCUCUCUCUCUCUUUCACCUUGGCUUCCUAACUGCAUUGCUAAAACAGGCUGUAGCGCGAGCGUGCAGAAAGAAGCGGGAGAUGAGGGCGUCACGAGAGAGCGAGAGUGAGCGCGAGCGCGGUGGUGUUUGUGUGCUUCCUCGUCUCCGCGGUCUGUGAGGGGUUUUAGCUCGUCUUUAAAGCUGGUUCUCUCGGUUCUCUCGGUUCUCCCGGAAAGAUGAGCUCUUGCAGCAGUCGGGCUCUCACUCUCCUCUCCACGGUGUUUGGGGCGUGCGGGCUGCUGUUGGUGGGGGUUGCCGUGGCAACGGAUUACUGGCUGCUGAUGGAGGAGGGCAUCGUACUGCAGCAGAACCAAACCAUCGACGUCAAGAUGGCACUGCACUCCGGCCUGUGGAGAGUGUGUUUCAUAGCAGGUUCGGAGAAAGGACGAUGUGUGGCCUCAGAGUAUUUCACAGAACCAGAGAUCGAGAUCACAACAGAAAACACCGCAAACAUUCUCAAAAUGGUGCGAACAGCCACGCCGUUCCCCAUGGUGUCUUUACUGUUCGUAUUCACUGCCUUCAUCAUCAGUAACGUGGGACACAUCCGCCCCCAGCACACCAUCCUGGCCUUCGUCUCCGGAAUCUUCUUCAUCCUUUCAGGUCUGAGUCUGGUGGUGGGCCUGGUGCUCUAUAUCUCCAGUAUAAAUGAUGAAGUGAUGAACAGGCCGCGAGAGCCGGAGCAGUUCUUCAACUAUCAUUAUGGCUGGUCCUUCGCCUUCGCAGCCAGCUCCUUCCUCCUCAAAGAGGGUGCUGGUGUGAUGUCUGUGUACCUGUUUAUGAAGCGCUAUGCGGAGGAGGAGAUGUAUCGUCCUCACCCUGCGCUCUACCGCCCUCGUCUGUCCGACAGCAGCGAUUACAGUGGUCAGUUUCUGCACCCAGACAGCUGGCCGCCGCCUCAGCGCGGCCGCAGCGCCUCAGAGCUGUCCAGCGACGUCUCCAUACAGCUGGCACAGAACCCUCAGCCCCCACCCAAACCCACCGUCCAUCAGGGGCCGCCGCCCACCAGCCUGACCGCCGUCUCCAGCCCUGCCUCCGCAACCACUUACCAGCUCCAAUCACCCAAUGCCACGACAACCUUUACCCACAACCACCCACUGCGCCCUGCUGACCCCCAGGGCCUGGCCAUGCCACCCCCCGCAGUGCCACCCCCACACUACCAUACGCAUAUGCGCAUGAGCGCCUCUCCCUGCUAGACAGAGGCAGUGCAACGCACUAUGGCUGUGAAGGAAAGGCAAAGGCUGUGUUCCAAAUCAUCCCCUGUUUGCUAUUAUUAAAUGUGGAGUUCUGUAUAGAACGAUAUUAUAUGGAACAGAAAAGCUCUUUUAUCACUAUUUCCCUCAUUGGAAAAAUGAAAGGCACUAUAAAGAACACUGUUAUAGGGAACAAAAGUUUUCCCCUAAUUGCUCUUCCCUACAUUGGAAGCCAAGGACACCAUAUAGAACAUCAUUAUAGGGAACGAAAAUGAAAUGACCACUAGUUACUAUUCCCUACAAGGGAAGUCAAAGGCACUAUAUAGAACAUUAUCAUAGGGAACGGAAAAGGUCCUUAAUCACUAUUUCCCACAUUGGAAAAUCAAGGGCACUAUAUAGGGCACUAUUACUGGGAAUACAAAUGAUCCCUAACUGCUGUUACCUGUAUUAGUAGGGUACUAUAUAAAACACUAUUGUAGGGAAUAGAAAUUGUCUUUAAACUCAGGUCGAGCUCAAGUUUAGUCACCGCAGUCGCAGCACAUUAUAUAAACAUACAGAACGUCAACUUCAACCUAAACAACACAAGCGUCCACUACGAUCCAUCGUUUACAAUACUUACUGAGGUGCACUGUGGGAUUUCAAAUGACUCCCAAAAGUGCACUAUAUAUUCAAAAGAGUAUAGGUUCACACGCAGCCCCAAUACGCCAUUAUGUAGUGAAUAGGGUAGUUUUAUACACGGCCCAAAACUGCUCUGCAUAGUAAACAGGGCAUAAUCUUAUACAUAGGCAAAAUAGUGCACUAUAUAGUGAACUAGGCAUAGUUUGGGAUGCAGCUCAAAAUAGUACACUAUAUAGCAUAAAUGACAGUUUUGGCUGCAGAUCAGAAUAUAGACUACACUUUUGUACACAGCCCAAAAUACUGCACUAUAUAGUGAAUUGGGCAUCAUGUUGGAUAAAGCUUAAAACAGUGCAAUAUAUAGUAAACAGGACAUAGUUUUGAGCGCAGCUUCAAAAAUAGUGCAUUACAAUAAACAGGACAGUUUUGGAUGCAUCUCAACACGAUGCACUUUAUAGUGAACAGGGUAUAGUUUUGUACACAGCCCAAAAUACUGGACUGUAUAGUGGGCAUAGCUUUGGAUGCAACUCAGAAUAGUGCACUGCACAGUGAAUAGGGCAUCGUUUUGGACACAGCCUGAUAGAGAAGAGAAAAAAAAAACAACAACUGAGCUGAAAAA